CUCAUCUCGCGUUGUCUGAGUACCUCAGGGAUCUCCACUUCAAACCACCAACCACCCGCUUGAAUUCAAAACAGCUUUUUGCGAGAAACCUGGCAAAACUAGUAAAAAAAAUGGCGGCGAGAGAACAUUUGUUAAAACACCGAUCUAAAGUUGUUAACGACACGUUUGAGUUUAGUAUAGACUCGACUGCCGUCGAAGAAAAGUUGUUUGGCCAAGCAGAGGAGGACGAGGACGGGGACGACGGACCUGUGGUCUUCAUCUGCGGGAAGUGCAAGCUGCCUGUCGGGGAUUCAAUGUCGUGGGAUGGAAGUGAAGACGGACAAAACCAAAUACGAUUGAAGCGGGUCACUGACAACGUCGUGGUUGGAGAAGACACUCGCCUUCAUGAAGCGAGUAAACGAUCUCUCUGCCUGGUCGUGGAUCUAUUCUGUUGCGGCUGCCGCUCUGUGCUUGGAAUGGUUUAUGCAUCAACGCCUAAGAACCUCGACCACAAAAGAUUUACUUUCUGUUUCAACGUAGCAGACAUUGACAGCUAUGUGCUUGGCUCUGCAAGCCAGAUGUUGGCAGCAGAGGGCUCCAAAGAGCAGCCAGUCACACUGGAGUACAGAGGCAUGGUUGAACAACAGCUGACAGAGAUGAAAAUGCUGGUCAUGUCCAUGGCUCAGAGGCUGGAAGAGAUCGACGCUGGCCUUCCGGAGGGAUGCGAUGUGGAAUGACAAUGAUGACGACAACUUGUCUGAGUGGGUGCUCUGUCCAUGUGCUGAAUGGGACUCCUCGCCCCUUACCUUUUACAUUAAAGCUUCCUCCUCUAAGUUUCAUCUCAACCACAGUCCCUCAGUAAUACAUUUUGUCCUAGCCUCACCUUGUGCUCACACACACACACACACACAGAGCUUCCGUCCGCUCUGUCCUGAUUACCGAUGGUGAAACAAAGACUGCCUGCAAAUGUAAUCAAUCAUGUUGUCAGUUGUGCUCCUGUGGCUCACGGCACCAUCUUCUCUGUGUCUCGGUGCAGAGCGAAUGUACGCUGCAAGCAGAAUGUUUAUUUGUGCAGGAUUUCAUCAGGCAGACUGCACACUCAGCACAAUGCUGUAUUGAUCUGGCCACUCAAGGCCACACACACUUUUUCUUUGUUCUCUUCCUCGAGCAUGAAGCCUUAAAGGAUUGCUGAUAUAUUAUUUUCAUUGGCUUGUUGUGAACAACAUUUGAUCAAUAGUAAUGAAAAACAUGCUCUUUUAAUACUGGCUGCAUCCGAGUCAGGCAUGUUAUUGGCUUUUUUUUUUUCUCACUAAAGACCUUUCUGUCUUUUUUUAUAAAUAUUGUCAACAUUUUCUCACAAAUGGAUGUUUAUUUGCAUUCCUGAAUUUCUUGUUACAUUGACUCAUUACAUUUGUUUUGUUUAAUAGUUGUGAAGUUCUCUUAAUGUUUGUGUAAUAAAGUCUUCAAAAAUGA